AAAAAAAAAAAAAAAAGAAAAGAAAAAAAAAAGCAAAAGAUAACAAAAUAUCGAGCUAUAAAUUAGUCAAACAUAGUUCGCUCUUGUUCCUCUUUUCCUUCACUCAACCUCUUCACGUUGUGGAUUAUUCGAAGCUCCGAUUAACGAUUUUUUCCCCAAAAAGGAGAGGAGAUAGGGCGUCGAAUUCGACGCCGAAAGAGCGAUUUCAUCGUAUUUUCGGGCCAAUUUUGGUGCGAAUUCGUCUCGUAUUGAGGAGUCGGCGCUGGAUUUAGCUCUUAAUCGAGGAUUUGUAGCUGUUUCUCGUCGAAUUUGUGAGCUGGGUUUGGGUGGGAUUGGGGCAUGUCGCUCUUCCGGAAGCUGUUCUACAAGAAGCCGCCCGAUGGGCUUCUGGAGAUCUCGGAGAACAUCUACGCGUUCGAUUGCUGCUUCUCCACUGAUUUUUUGGAAGAAGAUGAGUUCAAAGACUACUUGGGAGGCAUUGUAGCACAGCUCCAUGAACAUUUUCCUGACGCCUCGUUCAUGAUCUUCAAUUUUGGUGAUGGGGAUAGAGAAAGCCAGAUAGCCCGAAUUCUCUCAGAGUAUAAUAUGACUGUGAUGGACUAUCCCCGCCAUUACGAGGGUUGCCCUUUACUGCGUGUUGAGAUGAUCCAUCAUUUCUUGAGGUCGAGUGAGAGUUGGCUUUCUUUAGGACAUCAUAAUUUUUUGUUGAUGCAUUCUGAGCGAGGGGGGUGGCCUGUUCUGGCUUUCAUGUUAGCAGCUCUUCUUGUGUACUUGAAGCAGUAUAGUAGUGAGCAGAAAACCUUGGAGAUGAUUUACAAGCAAGCUCCUCCUGAGCUCUUGGAACUGCUUUCUGCUUUGAAUCCCGUGCCUUCCCAGCUGAGGUACUUGCAAUACAUCUCAAGGAGAAAUGUCGCCUCAGAGUGGCCUCCUGAUGAUCGAGCGCUUACCAUGGAUUGCGUGAUAUUGAGGAUGAUCCCAAACUUUGAUGAUGAAGGUGGUUGCAGGCCAAUUUUCCGAAUUUAUGGUCCGGAUCCUCUUAUGCCUACUGAUCAAACUCCAAAAGUUCUUUUUUCAACUCCGAAGAAAAGUAAAUUUGUCCAGCUUUACAGACAGGCUGAUUGCGAACUAGUUAAAAUUGACAUGCACUGCCAUAUUCAAGGAGACGUAGUCCUUGAAUGCAUCCAUCUAGAUAAGGAUCUAAACGGGGAAGAAAUGGUGUUUCGUGUCAUGUUUAAUACUGCUUUCAUUAGAUCGAACAUAUUAAUGCUGAAUCGUGAUCAAAUAGACAUUUUGUGGGAUGCAAAGGACCAGUUUUCUAAUGAAUUUAGAGCUGAGAUUCUUUUUUCGGAGAUGGAUACAACGCGAUCAUUUGUCACGUUGAAUUUUUCUUGUGAGGAGAAAGGACUCCCCGUAGAAGCAUUUGCCAAAGUUCAGGAGAUCUUCAACAAUGUAGAUUGGCUAGGUGUGAAGGGGGACGACGCACUUCAUGCACUACAGCAAAUAACAACGCCGUCGCCCGAGAAGUCUAAUGCCGUUGCUGGACAGAAAUUAGGAACUGAUUUUAUUUCAUUUGAAACAAGUCCUGACAUUCUUGUGGAAAAAUUGCAAAAUGGUAAACCCAAUGAAAUCUCGAGAUCUGGAAAUUCAGAAGUGGCUUCCUUAACUCCGCAUUCACUUUCAAAUAGUUCUUUUGGUUUAGGCCAGCCUUAUGAAAAUGGUAUAUCAGCAGUCUUACCGCCAUCUCCGCCGCCGCCUCCUCCGCCGCCUCCUCCGCCACCACCAUAUUUUUCAACAGUUGAUAAACGUAGAAUAUCAAAAGUUCUUCCUAAUCCUUCUCUUCCUACUACUACUGUUUCCUCAUCACCAUCAUCAACUGCAAAGUUUGCUCCACUGCCACCGCCUCCGCCGCCACCACUUCCACUUUCAAAGGCGAAACCUGUUUCUUCCCUUUCUCGGGAAUCGGUCCCCUCAAACUCUUCACUAUCUAAUACAACAAUUUCUAUACAGCCAACGCGUCAACAACCUUCGAUCAACAUCUUAAAUAAGAAAUCUACCGAAAUCCCUACCCAUCCUCUACUGCCACCAGGCACCUCAUUAGUUCCUCUUCCUUGUACUCCACCUAUUAAAAAGGCAUCUCCUCCCCAGCCUCCGCCACCUCCUCCUCCUCCUCUACCUUCUCCACCUGCAUUUUCACGUGCUAAAUCUUCUCUAGUUGCAUCUACACCUUCAACUCCAUCUAGCAUCCCUCGACCUCCUCCUUUGCCUCAAGGUUUUCCUAAUCUUUCUUCUUCUUCUAUAAAGAAGGUAGCAAACAUGACAAAUGCUCCCGCCCUGCCGCCGCCACCACCACCUCUACCACCACCUCUACAUUCUUCGCCUUCUCUAUUUGCAUCUAGACCUUCACCACCAUCUAGUAUUCCUUCCCCACCUCCGCUACCCAGUACCUCAUCAAUUCCUUGUCCUUGUCCUUCGCCUUUAAACAGGGCAGCUAGUAUGAAAAGCACAAUUCCCCCACCACCCCCACCUCCAUGUUCUGGGUCUUCUCCAAAUGCAUCUAUACCCUUAGCACCUCCCCCACCCCCCCCACUAUCAAAUUUUACCCCGCAGAAAUCAUCCCCUGUUCCACCUGCACCGCCGCCUCCGAUUCUUGCUAAGGAAUCCUUGAAAUUUUCUCAGCCUACUUCGGAGAAUACGAGAAUAGGCAAUGGUCCUGUGCCGCCUCCACCUAGUACUUUAAUGCCCCUUAGUUCACUCGGUAUUAAAAGCCGUAACGUAGCACACUCCAAAAGCCCAAGGAGCUUGCACUCUCUCCAAACAUCAUCCAAAAAAGCUUCUCUGAAGCCGUUGCACUGGGUUAAAGUAACAAGAGCAAUGCAAGGAAGUUUAUGGGCUGAGACGCAAAAAUCCAAUGAAGUAUCCAAGGCUCUGGAGAUUGAUAUGUCUGAACUUGAGAGUCUUUUUGCAGCAGUGGUUCCAAAUUCAGAUGCUCCUAAUUCGGGUGAAAAAUCAAGUCGGCGUGCCUCUGUUGGGGGAAAAUCAGAUAAAGUUCAUCUGAUUGAUCUUAGGCGGGCUAAUAACUGUGAAAUAAUGCUCACAAAAGUCAAGAUGCCGCUGCCUGAUUUGCUGAUUUCAUUGCUUGCCCUCGAUGAUUCCAUUUUGGAUGCCGAUCAGGUAGAAAAUCUUAUUAAAUUUUGCCCAACAAAGGAGGAAAUGGAUCUACUCAAGGGGUAUGAUGGUGAUAAAGAAAACUUGGGGAAAUGUGAGCAGUUCUUCUUAGAGUUGAUGAAAGUGCCAAGGGUGGAGUCCAAAUUGAGAGUCUUAUCCUUUAAGAUUCAAUUCCGAUCUCAGGUUGGUGAACUCAAAAAUAGCUUGAAUGUCAUUAACUCUGCAUCAGAAGAGGUCAGAAGCUCUGUGAAGUUGAAAAGAAUUAUGCAGACCAUUCUCUCUCUAGGAAACGCUUUAAACCAGGGAACAGCUAGGGGAUCUGCUAUUGGCUUUCGAUUGGACAGCCUUCUUAAACUCAGUGAUACACGUGCACGAAACAAUAAGAUGACUCUCAUGCAUUAUUUGUGCAAGGUUCUUGCGGAUAAACUACCAGAUGUUCUCGAUUUCCAAAAGGAUCUUGUUAACUUAGAAGCUGCAUCAAAGAUACAAUUGAAGUACUUGGCUGAAGAAAUGCAAGCUAUACAAAAAGGGUUAGAAAAAGUUGAACAAGAGUUGACAGCUUCGGAAAGUGAUGGUCCUAUAUCUGAAACAUUCCAUAAGACUUUGAAGGAGUUUCUUGUUGUUGCUGAAGCUGAAGUGAGGUCUUUAACAUCCCUAUAUUCUGCGGUGGGUAGGAAUGCAGAUGCACUGGCUCUUUAUUUUGGAGAAGAUCCUGUACGUUGCCCAUUUGAGCAAGUUGUCUCUACGCUACUCAGCUUCAUGAAAAUGUUCGAGCGCGCCAACGAAGAGAACCUCAAACAGCUAGAGAUGGAGAAGAAAAAAGCUCAAAAAGAAGCAGAGAAAUCGAAAAUCGCCGCUCAAAAGUGAAAAGAUAUCUCUAUUUCUCCAAUUAAUGCCGCGACACGUGUUAAUCUUUAUUCAUAACCUAGAAAUUGGUCCGACAAACCACACACAGUAGUUUCUCCACCUCGGAGAGAACUGCUGCAGGCCCGUAGCACACCAUAAAAUGUAAAGGAAAAUCACAGGAUCUGAGCUGGGAUUUCAUUACUCAUGCCGAUAAAAACGUGAACAUUAUUAUCGAGGAACCCAGCUCGACAACAAAAUCCUUGUUAGAAAGUUCGUCUUAAGAAGGCGAGAAGAUUGUUUGUCUCAAGAAGACUACCUGGUAGAUAAUAUGUACCAUAAAUUUUAGCCUAAACUAUUCUUGCUGUAAAAUUUAGCAGAUGAGAUAGUGGUUAAUUUUAUAUCUUCUUUUUCCUUUUUUAGUUGUAGCAUGUGUAUAUAUUUUCUGAAUUACGGAAACUGUACAAAAUUGUAUGUAACUCUUGUAUACCAGGUAGUCUAUGGUCUUUGAUUUUUUUCCAGUUAUGCGAUC